AUGCCCAAGUGCGAUUAUUGCGAUGUUUACCUGACGCACGACUCCAUGAGCGUGCGGAAGGCGCACAACAGCGGUCGAAACCACCUGCGCAAUGUCGUCGAUUACUACCAACAAAUCGGUCACGAAAAGGCGCAGUCUGUCAUCGACUCCAUCACCUCCUCCUAUGCCGCCGAAGGCCAGGCGCACAACAACCCCAUGCUGCCGCAAAAUCAGCCGGGCCAAGCCUUCCCGCCGCCUUUUCCCUUCCCAGGAGGUGUCCCGCCUCCCUUCCCUGGUAUGCCCGCCGGCGCCCCUCCUUUCCCUCAAGGCAUGAUCCCACCCCCUGGACCAGGCGGCCGCGGAAUGCCGCCCAUGCCUCCCUUCGCUCCGGGUCCCAAUGGCUCGCCCAUGCCCCCUGGUGGCCUGCCCUUCCCUCCGCCGGGCGGUCUCCCAGCCGGUCUGCCCUUUCCGCCUCCCGGCGCACCGGGCGGCCUGCCUCCCAACUUCCAGUUUCCUGGCAUGCCGCCGCCGGGUGCUGGUGGGUUCCCGCCCGGCCCUCCUGGGUCAUUCCCACCUGGUGGUGGACCUCCGGGACGUGACCAGCGGUAA